UUUACUAUCUACUCCGCCGGCGGCUUGUGCAACCCGCCUGGAGGGAGCGGAGGGGCGGGCCCGUUUCCUCUCUCCCACCUACCUCGGGCUCGCCCGGAGGCCCCGCCUUCUCUUGUCUUCCACUGGCUGGGCGCGACCCCCUUUUUCCUCCUUCUCGGAUGUGGAUUGGAUGACAUUCUCCCGAGCUCCGCCUAUCGGGAGGCCGAGCUGGAGUUUAAGUUGCUAGGAUUUUUUUUUUCCGCGGAGGGAGGAGGGAGGGUUCCUGCCGCUGACGAGAGGCGUAGGGUCCCGCCCCCGCCUCUGAUUGGUGAGACGGGUAGCCGGGCCUCCUCCGGCUUUGCGAGCUUGGAGUGGGAAGUCCACCCUUGUUGCCCGCCUCCUCCCUUCGCUCCUGAGCGCGCUCGGCACAUGUGUGAGGCCCGCCUAGCUCCUUCGAACUGCCCUCCCGCCCGGAAGUCCUAGGCUCGGCGCCCUUGGCGAGGGGGGCGGGGAUAGCCGAGAAGCCACACAAAGGUUCCACCGAGGCUCGAGACCUGGUAGCCUUCGGGGUGAAGCCAGGGGAUUACAGUGAGAACUGGAUUUCGGUAGCGAAGCUCCGGAGGUUCUGCAUAGGUUGAGAUCUGCCCUUCGUGGCCGGGGCCAAGUACUAAAGUUCUAACCCUGUGGCUUGGCUAUUUCCGCGCCCCUUGACUUCUCUGAGCUUAAACUGAGAACUCUGUAGACGCUGAAAGUGUUUGUUCUUCCCUAGGCAUGGUAGCUGCCGUCCUUAGUUGGCUGUGUCUGAGACUUGACAACCUAGAGCGCUGGCCUGGGACCCUUUGGCGAGAUCCAGCGCAGGUGGUACCCUGUGAUCUCGGGACGUCGUGAGCGGCCUAAUGCUGGCUUGGGUUCUGAGUAGUUUUUGAUACCAUGGUGAGCCUGCCCCGUGAUACUCAGUCUAGUGGUGGAAGGGGGCGCAAAGUUAGAAGUAGCCUUGGGUCGGUUCUGCUGGAGUGCCACUUCCUCCUAACUUCCCAGCAGUUUGGCCCGGGGGUCGCUUCGUUGGUCUUAUUUUUAGAGCUCUGUUCUGGGGCAGGGCUUGGCUACUGGCGAGGCUGCUCCCACCUGUCGACUCCCCAUGAACUUCACAAUUCUCUGCUGUGGUUUCGUGGCUCGAAGCCAUCAUUGGCGUCAGGCCCACCUGCUGCCAGAGGUCGUUCCUGACCAUUUCCGCUGGAUUGCAGAGGGAGGACAGAGUUGGACCUAGGAGUGGGUUCACUGGGCCUGUCCCUUAGGGUCUCAGCUCUCUGGGAGGAGGAUUCGACUUCUUCUGGAGUGCGGUAAAAACCUAAUCCCGCCCCCUCUCCUGGCGCUGGCAGAGUAUCCCCCCAAAGUGAGGUCAGCUCAGGCCCACGCCCUAUUUGGUGAAUAAAUAAAAGCAGACUAGGAAUUGAAAGCAUUUUGUUUCACUGUGUGUUCGAGGCACUGUUACCUACACAGAGAGGGCACAGGGACUGCCCUUAACACUCCUGGCCAGGAGAAGGUGAACAGCCGUUUUAUGUCCCCAACUACGGAAGUUUUAUCCUUUCUCUGAGUGUGACAUGACCCCAAAGUUAAUUUAUGCCGUGGCCUGUUUCAGUCUUUUCCUCUCCUUUCUCAGUUCUGAGGAUGCCUCCAGAUCCACCGGGGAGAUCGUGAGUACUUGUGCCUCACGCCCCGCCCUCCGGAGGCUUGCCAGGGCGGUGGCUGUUAGGGCCCGCCUCUCUUUGGGUUAUCUCCGCCCUCCUAGGACUGCAUAUUCAGCUCUAGGGAGUGGGCUGGACACCCGUGGGGUUAUUUUUCUGCUUAGGUCUCCAGACCUUAGUUCUGUACUCUACUUGGCUGAAAAGAGUUGCCAGCUGCUCGGGGUAUUUGUGUUUACGAGGACACAGUAUGUAGAAUGUAAACUGUAACUAGAUGGGGACUAGGAGUUCUCACUCUCUCAUUUUUUUGUAAGGGAGUCCUCCAGGGCGGGCUGCCUUUCCUCUUCAAAUCCUAGGAUGUGGGGUCUCUGCUGAUGAUCUCCGCGCUGCGUCCUGUCUCAGGCCCUGGAACUCCGAGCUUCAGUCUCUAGUGUAAACAUUCCACAAAAGGACUGCUAAGGUUCAGCCUCCCCGCGCAGGGCGGAAUUAGGUCCUUCCUAGACGGGCGCCCUGGCCAAUGGAGUGUCCUACCAGCGCCAAGAUAACCAAUCCUAUUCUUGGGGCGGGGCCUGGCCCGGCAGUGCGGUAGGCGGAGCCUGUUUCACUUACAGACAUUUUACCCCACAUCGGUUACUUACCUUCCUGGGGCGGUGGGAGAGCCAGGGGUAGCCUUCCAAUGCGAUGACCGGCGGAGGCGGGAGCCAACUUAUUAGGCCUGUGGCUGAGACGCUGUGGGGUGGGAUAUGUGGUGUCCUCCAAUAAGACGGGAAGAGCUUCCCGGCUUCCUCCAAUAGUGUUGGGGCUCGGGGGUGGGCUUCAGCAGUCCGUCUCCAAUAGGCGGGGUUGAGUUAAGGAAGCUCCCCGCCAAUAGGGGCGUGGAGAAGGUGAGCGGCUCCCCCUCCCCUCCCAGUCGAGGGGGGAAGGGGCGGGAAGUCAGCAGGCAGGCCUCUGUAACUGGCUGAGUCUUUGAUGGGCGGGUAUUGCGUCCUGUGCUGGAACGAAGCUGAGUCUUCCCUCUGCGGGGCGGGCCGGGGGAGUGGGCGGGAUUUCCCGGGUAACAGAGAAGCGGCCGCGGCGGUAGAGGCGGCGGAGACGGUUUCUCCAUCUUCCCCCCUCCCCUUCCCCCCUCGGAGUUUCCCUCCCUCCCUCCCUCCCUCCUUCCCAGUCUGGGCACCGGAGCCUGUGACCGCUUCGUUAGCGGAGAGGUAGCUGCCAGUCCGCUUCGGCGGGCCUGUGCCCCGCGCUGUUCUGCGGGCCUCCCUACUGAGCUCGCGGCUCACGCCGAGAGGGACACGCAGUGACGAGCGGCCGAAGCAGCUUUGCGGUUUUGUAGUGCAUCCCUGAGCAUGAGCGCAGAAUGAAGCGGCGUUUGGAUGACCAGGAGUCACCGGUGUAUGCAGCCCAGCAGCGUCGGAUCCCUGGCAGCACAGAGGCUUUUCCUCAUCAGCACCGGGUGCUUGCCCCCGCCCCUCCUGUGUAUGAAGCAGUGUCAGAGACCAUGCAGUCAGCCACAGGAAUUCAGUACUCUGUAACACCCAGCUACCAGGUUUCAGCCGUGCCACAGAGCUCCGGCAGUCAUGGGCCCACCAUAGCAGCAGUUCAUAGCAGCCAUCAUCACCCAACAGCUGUGCAGCCCCACGGAGGCCAGGUGGUCCAGAGUCAUGCUCAUCCAGCCCCACCAGUUGCACCAGUGCAGGGACAGCAGCAGUUUCAGAGGCUAAAGGUGGAAGACGCACUGUCCUAUCUUGACCAGGUGAAACUGCAGUUUGGUAGUCAGCCUCAGGUCUACAACGAUUUCCUUGACAUCAUGAAGGAAUUUAAAUCGCAGAGCAUCGACACUCCAGGAGUGAUUAGUCGUGUGUCCCAGCUAUUCAAAGGCCACCCUGACCUGAUAAUGGGAUUCAACACCUUCUUGCCCCCUGGCUACAAAAUUGAGGUGCAAACCAAUGACAUGGUGAAUGUGACAACUCCUGGCCAGGUUCAUCAGAUUCCCACCCAUGGCAUCCAGCCCCAGCCUCAACCACCACCCCAACAUCCUUCCCAGCCUUCAGCCCAGUCAGCCCCAGCUCCUGCCCAGCCAGCUCCUCAGCCCCCACCUGCCAAAGUCAGCAAGCCUUCCCAACUACAAGCACAUACUCCAGCCAGUCAGCAGACUCCCCCACUUCCACCAUAUGCAUCCCCACGUUCUCCGCCGGUCCAGCCUCACACACCAGUGACAAUCUCGUUGGGAACAGCCCCAUCCUUGCAGAACAAUCAACCUGUGGAGUUUAAUCAUGCUAUCAACUAUGUUAAUAAGAUCAAGAACAGAUUCCAGGGCCAACCAGACAUCUACAAAGCGUUCCUGGAGAUUUUGCACACAUAUCAGAAAGAGCAGAGAAAUGCCAAGGAAGCUGGAGGAAACUACACUCCAGCAUUGACAGAGCAAGAGGUGUAUGCCCAGGUGGCUCGUCUCUUUAAAAACCAGGAAGAUUUGUUGUCAGAGUUUGGACAAUUCCUACCAGAUGCCAACAGCUCCGUGCUUUUAAGCAAAACAACUGCUGAGAAGGUUGAUUCUGUGAGAAAUGAUCAUGGAGGCACUGUCAAGAAGCCCCAACUGAACAACAAGCCGCAGAGGCCUAGCCAGAAUGGCUGCCAGAUCCGCAGACACCCUACAGGAACCACUCCUCCAGUUAAGAAGAAACCCAAACUCCUCAAUCUAAAGGAUUCUUCUAUGGCAGAUGCCAGCAAACACGGUGGUGGAACAGAAUCAUUAUUUUUUGAUAAGGUUCGAAAGGCUCUUCGGAGUGCAGAAGCCUAUGAAAAUUUUCUACGCUGUCUUGUUAUUUUUAACCAGGAGGUGAUUUCUCGCGCUGAGCUUGUGCAGCUAGUCUCUCCUUUCCUGGGGAAAUUCCCUGAGUUGUUUAAUUGGUUUAAAAACUUUCUGGGCUAUAAGGAGUCUGUACAUCUGGAAACUUUUCCAAAGGAGCGAGCCACAGAGGGCAUUGCCAUGGAGAUAGAUUACGCCUCUUGUAAACGACUGGGCUCCAGCUAUCGAGCCCUACCAAAGAGUUACCAGCAGCCCAAGUGUACCGGACGGACUCCUCUCUGUAAAGAGGUUUUAAAUGAUACCUGGGUUUCCUUUCCUUCGUGGUCUGAGGACUCCACCUUUGUGAGUUCCAAGAAGACUCAAUAUGAAGAACAUAUUUAUCGUUGUGAAGAUGAACGCUUUGAGCUUGAUGUAGUUUUAGAAACCAAUCUGGCAACCAUCCGGGUUCUGGAAGCAAUACAGAAGAAGCUUUCCCGCUUGUCUGCUGAGGAACAAGCCAAAUUUCGCUUGGACAACACCCUUGGGGGCACGUCAGAAGUCAUCCAUAGAAAAGCACUCCAGAGGAUAUAUGCUGAUAAAGCAGCUGACAUCAUUGAUGGUCUGAGAAAGAAUCCUUCCAUCGCUGUCCCAAUUGUCCUUAAAAGGUUGAAGAUGAAAGAGGAAGAAUGGCGAGAAGCUCAGAGAGGCUUUAACAAAGUAUGGCGAGAACAAAAUGAGAAAUACUACCUGAAGUCUCUGGACCACCAGGGGAUCAACUUUAAACAAAAUGACACCAAGGUCCUGAGGUCUAAGAGCUUACUCAAUGAGAUUGAGAGUAUCUAUGAUGAGAGGCAAGAGCAGGCUACGGAAGAGAAUGCUGGUGUACCUGUUGGGCCCCACCUCUCGCUUGCGUAUGAAGACAAACAAAUACUGGAAGAUGCUGCUGCUCUGAUUAUCCAUCAUGUGAAGAGGCAGACAGGCAUUCAGAAAGAGGACAAGUAUAAGAUAAAGCAAAUCAUGCAUCAUUUUAUUCCAGAUUUGCUCUUCGCCCAGAGAGGUGAUCUUUCGGAUGUGGAGGAAGAGGAAGAAGAAGAGAUGGAUGUAGAUGAAGCCACAGGGGCAGCUAAGAAGCACAAUGGUGUUGGGGGCAGUCCCCCUAAGUCCAAGUUACUGUUUAGUAACACAGCAGCUCAAAAAUUAAGAGGAAUGGAUGAAGUAUACAACCUCUUCUAUGUCAAUAACAACUGGUAUAUUUUUAUGCGACUGCACCAGAUUCUCUGCCUGAGGCUGCUACGGAUCUGUUCCCAAGCUGAACGGCAAAUUGAAGAAGAAAACCGAGAGAGAGAAUGGGAACGGGAAGUGCUGGGCAUAAAGCGAGACAAGAGUGACAGCCCUGCCAUUCAGCUACGUCUCAAAGAACCUAUGGAUGUUGAUGUAGAAGAUUAUUACCCAGCUUUCCUGGACAUGGUGCGGAGCCUGCUGGAUGGCAACAUAGACUCAUCACAGUAUGAAGAUUCGCUGAGAGAGAUGUUCACCAUUCAUGCCUACAUUGCCUUUACAAUGGACAAACUGAUCCAGAGCAUUGUCAGACAGCUGCAGCAUAUUGUGAGUGAUGAGAUCUGUGUACAGGUGACUGACCUUUACCUGGCAGAAAAUAAUAAUGGGGCCACUGGAGGCCAGCUGAACACACAGAACUCAAGGAGCCUCCUGGAGUCAACAUAUCAGCGGAAAGCCGAGCAGCUAAUGUCAGAUGAGAAUUGCUUUAAGCUUAUGUUUAUUCAAAGCCAAGGGCAGGUCCAGCUGACUAUUGAGCUUCUGGACACAGAAGAGGAGAAUUCAGAUGACCCUGUGGAAGCAGAGCGCUGGUCAGACUAUGUGGAGCGAUAUAUGAAUUCUGAUACUACCUCGCCUGAGCUUCGCGAACAUCUAGCACAGAAACCAGUAUUUCUUCCGAGGAAUCUGCGGCGGAUCCGGAAGUGUCAGCGUGGUCGAGAGCAGCAGGAAAAGGAAGGGAAGGAAGGAAACAGUAAGAAGACCAUGGAGAAUGUGGAUAGUCUGGAUAAGCUGGAGUGUAGAUUCAAGCUGAAUUCCUACAAGAUGGUAUACGUGAUCAAGUCAGAGGACUAUAUGUAUCGGAGGACCGCCCUGCUCCGGGCUCAUCAGUCCCAUGAGCGUGUAAGCAAGCGUCUACAUCAGAGAUUCCAGGCCUGGGUAGAUAAAUGGACCAAGGAGCAUGUGCCCCGUGAAAUGGCAGCGGAAACCAGCAAGUGGCUCAUGGGUGAGGGGCUGGAGGGCCUGGUGCCCUGUACCACCACCUGUGAUACAGAGACCCUGCAUUUUGUGAGCAUUAACAAGUAUCGUGUCAAAUACGGCACAGUAUUCAAAGCCCCUUAACUGCAGAGCCAGAGCAGAUAACUUGGGGGGUGUGUGUGUGUGUGUGUGUGGGCCUGCCUAUGCACUCACACACUGAAGAAACAAGGAAGAUGCCUUUCAAGCCUCACUGGGCCUCUCUGGGACAUGGCCACGUGACCUGUGUGUGGCUGGUGCAGCCUGGCGCCAAGUGGGCUACUUUAGGAACAUGAAUACCUUACAAAGCUGAAGCUGGAACUUUUCCCAAAGGGUUUUUGGUAUAGCCUGCCUUGGAGGGGAAGGAAGUCCAUGCAAGCAAAAACAUGCUGUUUGCUUGCAUACACCAGCAGAGCUAAGACUGGAGUCACCUGUGGCCUAACUUUCAAUGAGGGAACCGGAUGCUAUUCACACUUUGACUGUUUGGAGAUGCAUUUACAAAACAGACUGGGGAACGAUUUAAUACUCAGAUGGAUUGGAACUAUGAUGGUCACUGCUCCUCUCCCCUCCCCACAAAAGGAAAAAAAAACUGGAUUUGAUUUUUUUUUUUUUUUUUUUCCUGGUCACCUGAGCACAUCUAAGAUCACCCAUUAGGUUUUAUCUGGGACCUGCAGUUUGGCUUUGGGAUAGAUCAUCUUGUGGAUUUUAUUCCUGACGAAUCCCUUGCUGCCUACCCUUUUCUCUCCUCUGGUUCUCAGCCUCAACAAGUUCAAAUCAGUCGUCCUUUUUAGCUCCCGUGGAACUGUUUUGUAUCUGCCUCUUUACUAGUCUGCCCUAGUGCCAUCCACCAGCUUUACUCUCUGAGACACACACACGCACACACACACACACACACACACACAAUUUUAACUUGUUUUUUUGUACAUAAUGUACAUACUGUCAAUUUUUUAUUAAAAGAAAUAUGCUUUGAUGUGCUAGCAUAACUGCUCUAGCUUCUUGUGUACUAUAGUACUAUGUGGCUUCAGAUUUAGUACCUAUGAACAGAUGUACAAGACAUUUAUUACACUUUUUACCAAAGGGAGUUACCAUUGUAGUACUUUUGUGUAAAACUUGUCUUCCCCUUUGCCCCGGACUUUUUUUUUUUUUUUUUUUUUUUUUUUUUUGUAAAUAAAUAAAGCUUGGUUCUUACUUAAG